CCUAAUCAAACCCUAUGAGCCAUAAAAGCCAUAAUCAAGCAAAACUUCUGGAACGUUUCUUGCAGGAAAGACUUUCCUAGAGAAAUCGAUCGUCUCUGAAGCGGAAUUUCGCUGCCUUUAAUUUGUUUGGAAACGAUGGGCAGAGGAAAGUACAAGAACAAGCCCACUGGUCAGCGCCAGUUCUCCAAUCGCGAAGAUCUUCUUGCCGGUACCUCCACCCGUCCCCGUUCUUUUUCAAAGCGAGAAGCUGAACAUGAGGAAGAACCGGAAGAGGAUUUUGUAUCCUUCGAAGAUGGGUCUGAUGAAGAAUCUGAUGGACAGGAUGAAAAGAAGAAAGGCGUUCAAGGUAUAAUCGAGAUUGAAAAUCCUAACGUGGUAAAGCCGAAGACCUUGAAAGCUAAAGACAUCGAUAUUGGAAAACCUACUGAACUCUCACGGCGUGAAAGGGAAGAACUAGAGAAGCAAAGAGCCCGUGAGAGAUAUAUGAAGUUGCAAGAACAGGGGAAAACUGAACAAGCAAGGAAAGAUUUAGAGCGUUUGGCGCUUAUACGACUACAGAGGGAGGAAGCUGCUAAAAAGCGAGAAGAAGAAAAAAAUGCUAAAGAACAGAAGAAGGCUGAAUCCCGCAAAUGAUCAUCUCAAAAGUGACCUGCGAAACAAGUUUGUGCUGCUGUUACAAGAACUAUUUGCUCUGUGCUGCUUUAUUUUUGGUUUAAAAUUACACUCCCAUCAUCCCAUUUGGUGAUCGAGUAAAGAAUGAUUUUUCUUUUCCAUUUCUUGGAAGAUUUUAGAACAGUUACUUCUGUAUGAAAUAGAUUGAUAUAUUGGAGAAUAUAACAUGA